GAGGCCUUGGGAGUCUUGGGGAGUGCGCCGGACACAAAGAACAGCUACGGUGAGGGCAGGCGGGGAGCGUCGGAGCUGCUGUGGCAUCCGGCACCCGGCACCCAGCGCCCGGCUCCUGCGUGCACAUCCCAGACCGGCUAGCGGAAAGCGGAGCCUCCCAGUCCCCAGGACAAGAGAGAGGCAUCCUUCCAGAACUUUCUUCAGCAUCUCUACCUGUGUGUAUCAGAUAUACGUGAAACCUGCUAUGGGAUGGACAGUGAAGAAGAGAACCACUACGUCUCAAAGCUCAGGGAAGUCUAUAACAGCUGUGACACCACAGGGACUGGCUUUCUGGACCAGGAGGAGCUGACACGGCUCUGCAGCAAGCUUGACCUGGAAGAGCAGCUACCAUCACUCCUUCAGAUUCUUCUUGGAAAUGACCGCUUGGCCAGGGUUAACUUUGAGGAAUUUAAGGAAGGUUUUGUGGCUGUGCUGUCAUCAAAUGCUGAUGUUGGCCCCUCUGAUGAAGAAGGUAGCUCUUCGGAAUCAGCUGCUUCCUGUGCUGUCCCACCAAAGUAUGUGAGUGGCUCUAAGUGGUAUGGCCGCCGGAGCCGACCCGAGCUUUGUGACUCUGCCACUGCGGCCAAAUAUGGAUCAGAACAGCAGGGCAAGGGCAGCCUGAAGUCACCGGUUCGGCGGGCUGCAUCACUGGAAAGUGUAGAGAGCCUCAAGUCAGAUGAGGAAGCUGAGAGUGCUAAAGAACCCCAGGGUGAACUGUUUGAAGCACAAGGCCAGCUGCAGCCCUGGAGUUGUGAUUUCUUCGGGACACCCCGGAAGUCCUGUAGCCCCUCUUUCAAUACUCCUGAGAGCCAGGUCCAGGGCAUCUGGCAUGAGCUGGGGGUUGGCAGCAGUGGUCACCUGAAUGAGCAGGAGCUGGCUGUGGUCUGCCAGAGCACUGGACUCCAUGGUCUUAAGAAAGAGGAACUUGAAGAACUGUUCAACAAACUGGAUCAAGAUGGAGAUGGCAGAGUGAGUCUUGCAGAGUUUCAGCUUGGCCUGUUCAGACAUGAACCUGCUUCACUUCCAGAAUCUUCCACUCUAGUCAAACCAAACAGGCUCUGGUCUCAGUAUCAGGAGGAGAAUGGCUGCCAGACCACCACCACCUCGUCCCUUGUGUCCAUGUGCUCGGGCCUGUGCCUGUUCUCCGGUAUUGAUGAUGGCAGUGGAUUCGCCCUUCCUGAGCAGGUCAUCGCUUCAUGGGCCCAGGAGGGGAUUCAGAAUGGCAGGGAGAUCUUGCAGAGCCUGGACUUCAGUGUGGAUGAGAAGGUGAACCUCUUGGAGCUGACCUGGGCCCUUGACAAUGAGCUCCUCGCAGUGGAUGGUGUCAUCCAGCAAGCAGCCCUGGCCUGCUACCGCCAGGAACUGAGCUACCACCAAGGGCAAGUGGAACAGCUGGUGCAUGAGCGGGACAAGGCGAGGCAGGACCUGGAGAAAGCUGAGAAGAGGAACCUGGACUUUGUGAAAGAGAUGGAUGAUUGCCACUCUGCCCUGGAGCAGCUCACGGAAAAGAAAAUCAAGCACCUGGAGCAGGAGUACAGGGGAAGGCUGAGCCUCCUGCGGUCUGAGGUAGAAAUGGAGAGGGAGAUGUUCUGGGAGCAAGCCCGCAGGCAGAAGGCUGUGCUGGAGCAGGAUGUGAGCCGCCUGCAGGCCGAGGAGGCCAGCCUCCGUGAGAAACUGACCUUGGCCCUGAAGGAAAACAGCCGAUUACAGAAGGAGAUCAUUGAAAUGGUGGAAAAGCUUUCAGAUUCAGAGAAGCUGGUCCUGAACUUGAAGAGUGACCUGCAGUUUGUGCUGAAGGACAAGCUGGAGCCUCCGAGCAUGGAGAUCCUGGCCCAGGAAGAGCAGUUCACUGCCAUCCUGAAAGAAUACAAGCUCAAGUGCAGGGACCUUCAGGACCACAAUGACGAGCUACAAGCUGAGCUAGAAGGCCUGCGGAUGCACCUGCCUGGGAGUAGGCAGAGCUCUUCAGGGACCCCAAGUACCCAUAGAAGAAUGCUCCCUGGACAUGGUCCAGCAGGCAAUGUGUUCUUGGGUGACUCUACUCCAGUGAGUUUAGAGACAGAGAUAAUGGUGGAGCGGAUGAAAGAACACUACCAAGACCUCAGGAUCCAGCUGGAGACCAAGGUGAAUUACUAUAAGAAAGAAAUAGAGGUCAUGAAGAGGGACUUUGAGAAGGAGAAAAGGGAGAUGGAGCAAGAGUGCCAACUUGAGGUCAGCAUGCUGGAGGACCAGAAAACAGACCUGGAGGCCCUAUACUCCAAGUCACAGGAAGUCAUUCUGGGCCUGCAGGAGCAGCUGCAGGACAUGACACGCAGCCCUGAACCUACACAGGCGGGACUGCCACACUGCUGUGCUCAGGCACUGUGCAACCUGGGCCAGCGGUUGGAGGAGGAGAUGCACCUGCGACACCAGAACCAGCUGCAGCAGAUAAGGAGAGAGGCAGAAGAGGAGCUAAGCCAGAAGCUUUCGUGGCUGGAAGCCCAGCAUGCCACCUGCUGUGAGAGGCUGUCCCUGCAGCACCAACGCAAGAAGGACCAGCUGCUGCAGACGUAUCUGCAGCAAGUGAAGGAGCUGACUGCCCAACUGGACCUGGAGAAGGGGUGGCAAGAGGAGAGGAAGGAGGAGGUCCUGGCGCAGUGUCGGAGGCAGCAACUGAAGCUGCAGACUCUGAUGAAUGAAGAGCAGGCACGGAUCUACAGAUCAUUCGCCCUGGAGAAGCAGAAGCUGGAGCACACCUACAGGGAGCAGGUGGAGGGACUUGCCCAGGAGGCAGAUGCACUGCAUGCCCUCCUGAAGGAUGGAACCACUGUGAUGGGUGCCCAGCAGGAGAGGGCAACCCGCUCCAGGCUCCUGGGUCCAGAUAGCAGACAACAGUCACCUGCCCAACCAGCUCUUGGCCUUGGUGGAGAGAAAGGGCCACCACUAGCAGCAGACUGGCCUGGCCAAGUGCAAGGCGAGGGCAGGACUCUUCUUAACCCACCUUGUAGUAUAGAUGCUAUGCAGAGCCCAACCCCUACUCUAGUGUUCUGGAGGCCCUCGAAGAGCUUGGGCCUUAGACAGAACCAUCAAGAUCCAUUCAGUUCUGAGGAGGGAGCCAUCCCAAAGGAGCCAGAGCUUCCUACCAGGGUCCCAGCAAGCCAGGGCCAGCCCAUUGCACAGAAGCUACCAUUGCCCAUUCAGCCCCAGAUGUUGGAGUCACGGUUGAGUCCAUCUGCUUUGGAGGGACGAGCUAGUAGCCUGAGCAGGGAACCAGCCCCUGUGGGGGUUCAGGGACAGGCUUCAGAGGGGCUGACUGGGAAUGGUAAAGAUAUCCCAAGGACUGGGCUCCAAUUCAGUGGAGAAGUUGUCAUGAUGGGACCCUCGCUGCCCUGCUCUGAGCUCUCAGACCCACAAGAAGCCAAGUUUAAGGACCUUGCCACCCCGGGGGAGACAGAGGCCAAAGCAGUGUCAGAGGGUGAAAGGAACAAUGUGAAGGCCAAACUUCUACAGCUAGAAGACAUUGUCCGGGCUAUUGAGAAAGAAGCAGCUUCCAAAAUGAAUGACAGGAUUGAGUUUCAGAGACUUUCUGAAGAAAACUUUUUCUUGAAAAGUGACCUGGAGAGGAUUCAAUUGGAACUAGAAGCUGCAGAGGGCAGAAAUGAAGCACAGAGGAAGGAAAUUGAAGUUUUAAAGAGAGACAAGGAAAAGGCCUCCUUUGAACUGGACGAGCUUAGCACACAGACUCAGAAGUACAAGAAUGAAUUGUCACAGCUCAGCUGCAGGAUCCUUCAGCUGGUUGGGGACACUUCUGUUCACCAGGCCCAGAAGGAGAAAAAUCACAUUGCCAUCCAAUUGUUGAUGGAGAGGCUGGAGACGGCAAGGUGCCGGGAGGAACAACAGGGUGAUAAAAUCCAAAAACUUGAAGUUGAACUUAAACAUGUGAAUGAGGAAUGCCAACACUUACAACUGUCAGAGUCAGAGCUGACAGAAAGCCUUGAAGAAAGUCGAGACCAGCUGCACAGUGUCCACCUGAGGCUGGAUGCAACACAGUCUCAGCAUGGCCAGAUCAUCCAGCACCUACGGGAGCAGAUGAGCCAGCUGCAACACCUGCUUAGCCUCAAGGAGGAAGAAGCGAGGUGGCAACUAGAUGCACAGCAGGAAGAAUACAAGCAACAGCUGCAGAACAGGGAUGAGCAGGUAGAGGAGGCUGAAGCACGGCUGUGCAAUGUCGAGUGGCUGCUACGGGAGAAGGUUCAGGAGCUAAAAGAACAGUUCGAAAAGAACACAAAAUCUGAUCUGCUGCUCAAGGAACUGUAUGUGGAAAAUGCUCAUCUCAUGAAAACUCUUCAGCUCACAGAAGAGAAACAGCGAGGUGCCGAGAGGAAAAACCACAUCUUGGAAGAGAAAGUUCGUGCUCUCAACAAACUGAUCAGUAAGAUUGCCCCUGCAUCACUCUCUGUGUAAAGACUGCUUGUUUUCCUAGUUCACUUGAAGGAACAUCUUUUAAGAUGAUACAGCUCAGAUGCCGUAAUUUUCAAUGGCUCACUUGCCAUGUGCCUUCAGAAACACAAAGGUUGAGAUUCCUUGUUUACCCUACAACCAUUUGAAAAUGUCCACUGUGUGCUGGGCACUGGAGAAGCCAGUGUGGCACAGCAGACUGUUGUGGUUAAUGGUCUUGGGUAUCUUCCUCAAUCAAGUUUCCAGCUUUAAUAGUAAUGAGAAGGACUCUGGAGGCGCUCAUCAAGAACAACUAAAAGAAAGUGGUUAAAUACUUUCAGUGUUGUCCUUAGGGCUGGUAAGACUGAAAGGCAGAGUCAGGGCUCUGCAUGCUUUACCAUUUCACUGUCCUGCUGUAAGCUGUAUCACUAGAGCUCUCCAUGUUGGACAGUAUGUGCUCCAGGAAGGGGGUACUCCCUGGGCAUUCAGGCUGCUGCCCCUAGAGAUUGGGAGGAGGAUGGUGUCACAGAGCCUGUGGAGGCUGUGGGCUCAGGGAUGGCAGUAUUCAUUGCAAGUGCAAAAUGUUGUCACACUGGAAAUUGUACAUAUUUUUUUAAAAGGUAAGUUUUAUACUCAAAUAAAUUAUGGCCAUUUGGUUUACCAGAAUAUUACUGUUCUAUGAAAAGUCGCUGUAUUUAUAAUAACUUUUCUAUUAAAACUGACUUAACUCUU